UGUGUAAUUCAAAAGCAAUUUUACUCAAUUCAUAAAUGGAAUUGUCUUUCAGACAGAGAUGAAGCCUGGGAAAUCAUCACAUCUAAAGGAUUUGCUUGGAGUAAAAGAUCACUGACUUCUACAAUGGAAAAAUCAUGGAUGCUUUGGACCUUUGUUAAAAGAUGGCUACUAGCUUUGGCUUCCUGGUCUUGGAGUCUCUGCCGUAUUUGUCUUUUACCCUUGAUAGUGACUUUCCACUUGUACGGAGGCAUUAUACUACUUAUAUUAAUAUUUGUAUCAAUAGCGGGUAUAUUAUAUAAAUUCCAGGAUGUGCUGCUUUACUUUCCUGAACAGCCCUCUUCAUCACGCCUUUAUGUUCCUAUGCCUACUGGUAUACCACAUGAAAAUAUCUUCAUCAAAACCAAAGAUGGAGUUCUUCUCAAUCUUAUCCUGCUGAGGUACACAGGGGACAAUGCAGCUUAUUCUCCAACCAUCAUUUACUUUCACGGCAAUGCAGGCAACAUCGGCCACAGGUUGCCAAAUGCUUUGUUAAUGCUGGUAAACCUGAAAGUAAACUUAAUUCUGGUCGAUUAUAGAGGGUAUGGAAAAAGUGAAGGAGAAGCAAGUGAAGAAGGCUUGUACUUAGAUUCUGAGGCUGUGUUAGACUAUGUGAUGACUCGGUCCGAUCUUGAUAAAACAAAAAUUUUUCUUUUUGGCCGUUCCUUGGGGGGAGCAGUAGCUAUUCACUUAGCUUCUGAAAAUUCCCAUAGGAUUUCUGCCAUCGUGGUGGAGAACACCUUUCUCAGCAUCCCUUAUAUGGCCAGCACUUUGUUCUCUUUCUUUCCAAUGCGAUAUCUUCCCUUAUGGUGCUACAAAAAUAAAUUUCUGUCCUACAGAAAAAUCUCUCAGUGCAGAAUGCCUUCGCUCUUCAUCUCUGGGUUGUCUGACCAGUUAAUUCCACCAGUUAUGAUGAAGCAACUUUAUGAAUUAUCUCCAGCUCGGACUAAGAGAUUGGCGAUAUUUCCUGAUGGAACUCAUAAUGACACUUGGCAGUGCCAGGGUUAUUUCACUGCACUUGAACAGUUCAUCAAAGAAGUAAUAAAGAGUCACUCUCCUGAAGAAAUGGCGAAAACGUCAUCUAAUGUAACAAUAAUAUAAUUGAUAUUCUUCUUUGGGGUAGGGUGGGGGGAAUACCUGCACUGUACCUUGAUUUGUGAUAAGUGGUAAAAGAAUGUCCAUUUUUAAAUGUAUGUCAUGUCUGUACUUGCCUAAAAAGUGAAAUUAAACUUGGAAAGGUCUGAUAUUUUA